AUAAAGCAGGUCUUGCUGCUCAUCCAACAACACAACCGCCGCCGCCUUUUCUUCCUAUCGUUGCUCAUGUCCAUACUCCUGCUCCUGCUACUCAGGAGAGAGCCUCAGUAGUGGAUAUUUGCUCUUCUGUGUGCCUCUUCCUCCUGUUCCUCCUCCUACUCCUCCCGCCCCCUCCUCUCCUCUUCCACUUCCUUCUUCGCAUUUACUUUUUCCGGAUUUUUGACAAUCAACAUGAUGCUGGCCAUGAUUUUGGUGACACUUUUGGCAGCGGCGUCUUCCCUGUCGGUGCCGCAACGGUCGUUCGUCAAGCUGUCUUCCAAACCUUCCGCCACCCAGCAGCAGGCGCAGCAGGAAAGGACCGACCCUCGCCUGUCCUUCAACUACCGAUACCGCGUGGAGGCGCCGGACACUGGCGAUGAGAAGAGCCACCAGGAGGCACUCCAAGACGGCGUGCUGGUGGGCGCGUACUCACUGGUGCAGCCAGACGGCACUCUGCGCACCGUCACCUACAGCGCCGACGACACUUCAGGCUUCAAAGCUGACGUUCAGUUCCAAGAAGGCUACGCUGACCCCCUCCUGCAGCAGCAGCGGAGGCUCACCCAAGGUAGUGUGGCACCGCUGGCUGGCACUCCCCACACCGGGUCCAGGCUGGAGGGCGUUGGCAGAGCUGGUGACACCGCUGCCUCGGCACCCGCACCGCAUCACGCCCUGGCCCAGGACCCAGGCGCCUUCACCUCUGGAGGCAGGCAGAGUGCCGCCUCCCCCGCCCAUAGUGGAACUCUCGCGAGUGGAUAUCCUGGCGCUCUUUCCCAGAAGGACUCCACCUUUGGUAGCGGAGCACCGGAUUCUCAGGCUCAGCGGCAAUCCACCUCCGGUAGUGGAAUUUCUGGUGCUCAGGCUCAACAGGAAUCCACCCUUGGUAGUGGAACCUCUGACCUUCCUCUUCAGCAAGACUCCGCCUCCAGUAGUGAAAUUUUAGGGCCUCACGGGUCUGUCAUAGGCGAGGGCACUUCUUUCACCGCUGGUUCAUCUGUCUCGGCCGUCUCCACCUCGCCAGUUGCCAGGGCCAGUGAUGAAGGCAAUAGCAGCUCACAGGGCUCUUCCACAGAUGUCUCUGCUGAGACGGGCGGCACCUUCGUCAAGUGGGACGCCAGCAGCCUUCCAGUACAGCACAGUCCUCACAAGCCUCAAGCCUACGCGGGGGCCGUUCAUCAGUCUCAAAGCCUUAGAUCCUUUCCCAGUGGCAGCGUUUCUUCCCAUAAUGUCCAGAUACAAAGUUUUCCUUUCUCUGGGAUGAGUCCAGUGGAGUCUUCUUUCAAAGGGAGUGCUUUAUCUUCCUUCUCAUCGUCAUCGUUCCCAUCGUCGUCGUCCUCCUCCACAUCAUUUGCCUCGUCAUCGGUACUACAGUUGUCCAAGGCGCCAGACCCCUACUCCACUACCAUCACCAAGGACCGCGUCUCAGGCUCCCACUUUGCCAAGACAGCAAACCUCGGCACCCUGGAACUGGCUAAACGUAACUACGAUGAUCAGACCUACACCUACCGGCUCUCCUUCUUCCCCGUCAGGCAGUAGCUCCACCACAACUUCACGCGCCGAGGCCCUGCUGUAGUCACUGUAGUUCCUUUGCUAAUAUGGACCAUACAUCAUCAUCAUCAUCGGCGGUGCAUGGCCUCAGCGGCUGUUAUCGGAUGGCCACAUGGCAGCUAUUGUUAUCUUGACAAUUAGAUAGUUAACAUUCGUUUUUAAAAGUUUUAUUUUUUAUUUUUUUUAUAUAUUUAGGGAACAAAACACAGGAACUCACUAGAAAACGGAUUUUUUCUUCUCCACCCAUUUCCUCUCUAACUAUUGUGUUAGUGGUAUAUGUGAGCCAUCAUGACUGUGUGUGUGUG